AGGGACGUCGGGGCGGUGGUGGGCGAACGCCCCGCUUCGGGCGGGUCCCCCGGGGAGCUGCAGCCCCGCUGCCCGUCCCGGCGCGGCUGCGGGCAGGGGCGACAGAAUCCGCCGCAACUUCUGGGCUGGGGCUGCCCAGGGUAAACAGGAAGCCCUUCGGCGGGGCUGGGGCCGGGCCGAGGCGGGGCCUGUGGCGGCCGCCCGCCCUCCCGCCUCCCGCGCCGCGGAGCCGAGGGGCCGCACGGCUCGGCCCGGCCCGGCCCGCGGCGGCGGCGGCGUGCCCCGUCGAGGCGCCCGGGAAGGCAUCGAGAAUGAAAUUGCUGUGGAAAGCUAAAAUGAGCACAAUUCAGGACGGGGGUGAAGAGGUAGAAGAGGGAGCUGUUUACCAUGUCACCCUGAAAAGAGUGCAGAUUCAGCAGGCUGCCAACAAAGGAGCAAGAUGGCUAGGGGCUGAGGGGGACCAGUUACCUCCAGAACAUACAGUCAGCCAGUAUGAAACAUGCAAGAUCAGGACUAUUAAAGCUGGAACUUUGGAGAAACUUGUGGAGAACCUUCUGACAGCUUUUGGGGAUAACGAUUUUACCUACAUCAGUAUCUUCCUCUCAACAUACAGGGCCUUUUCUUCUACUAAGGAAGUACUGGAACUUCUCCUUGACAGGUAUGGAAGCCUGGAGACCUCAAGCUGUGAAGAGGACGGAAGCCAGGAUUCCUCCGAAUCCAAAACAGUACUCAAGAGUGCAACAGCAUCAAUCUUACGAGCCUGGCUCGAUCAGUGCUGUGAGGAUUUCAGAGAGCCGCCCAACCACCCAUCUUUGCUGAAGUUGCUGGAUUACCUGAAGGCGAAUAUGCCUGGCUCUGAGCCGGAGAGGAGGGCACAGAGCCUCCUGGAGCAGUUCCAGAGCCAAGAAGUGGAAAAUGACAAUGAGUUCCAUAGCACUUCCCCCUGUAACCUGUCUGAUGAAGAGGAACCGGAGAUCGGUCCAGAAGAAUUCUCUUCUUUCCAAGAAGACCUUGUGGCAGAACAGUUGACUUACAUGGAUGCGAAACUUUUCAAGAAGGUUGUGCCCUACCACUGUUUGGGAUGCAUCUGGUCACGAAGGGACAAGAAAGAAAACGAGCACCUGGUACCUACCAUCAGAGCCACCAUCUCUCAGUUCAAUGCCGUUACCAAAUGUGUUGUCAGCACUAUCCUGACGAGCAAAGAACUCAAAACGCAGCAAAGAGCCAAGAUCAUUGAGAAGUGGAUUCAUAUUGCACAUGAAUGUAGGAUCCUGAAGAAUUUUUCCUCCUUGAGGGCCAUCAUUUCAGCACUGCAGUCCAACUCCAUCUAUCGGCUGAAGAAGACCUGGGCAUGCGUUCCAAAGGACAUAAUGCUGAUGUUCGACGAGCUGUCUGAUAUCUUCUCAGACCAUGACAAUUAUUUGACAAGUAGGGAGCUACUAAUGAAGGAAGGAACAUCCAAAUUUGCAAAUCUGGACAGCAGUGUGAAAGAAAAUCAGAAAAGGACCCAGAGACGGCUGCAGCUUCAAAAAGAUAUGGGAGUAAUGCAAGGCACGGUGCCUUACCUUGGUACCUUCCUCACUGAUCUCAUCAUGCUUGACACAGCCCUGCAGGACUACGUUGAGGGUGGCCUGAUAAAUUUUGAGAAGAGGCGAAAGGAAUUUGAAGUAAUUGCCCAAAUUAAGCUCUUGCAAUCUUCAUGUAACAGCUACUGCAUGACCCCAGACCAAAAAUUCAUCCAGUGGUUCAGGAGACAGCAGCAUUUAACUGAGGAGGAGAGUUACAGCCUUUCGCGUGAGGUGGAAGCAGCUGCUGACACUAGCGCCACAUCGCCCAAAUCUCGGAAAAGCAUGGUGAAGAGGAUCAGCCUACUGUUCCUAGGCCCCGAGGUGAUCACCCAGAGCACACCCAUCAAAGAGCAACCCAAAUCUACUCCGGGUGGGAGCUCUGGUGAAAGCACGGACUCGGCCAGUGUUUCGUCCUGCGAGUUUAACCACUCUGAAUCUGAAGACGUCUGCAUCACGCCCAUAGGCACUCCUGAGGAGUCUCAGAAAAAGCUCUCUGAAUCCUCCCUCUCCUCCAGUUCUUUCACCAUUUCCACGGACCCUUCCUCGGUAGUGCGAUCUUUAGUCUCAGCCCCUUCUGUGCUGUACUCCAGUGACUCGUGUUCUGUCUCCGUGACAUCGAUUACCUCAAAAGCACUGCCUCCUGUUUACAACCAGCAGAACACAGACGCCUGCAUCAUCCGCGUCAGCGUAGAAGACAACAACGGCAACAUGUACAAGAGCAUCCUGCUAACUAGCCAAGACAAAACUCCUGCUGUCAUCCAGAGAGCUAUGGUGAAGCACAACCUGGAAUCUGACGCAGUUGAGGAUUAUGAGCUCGUACAGGUCAUCUCUGAGGACAAAGAGCUGGUGAUCCCAAACAACGCCAACGUGUUCUACGGCAUGAACAGCCACGUCAACUUCGACUUCAUCCUGCGGAAAAAAGCUUCGGACAGCGGGCAGGUGAAGAUGAGGAGCCGUUGCAGCCUGACACUCCCCAGAACUGCCAAACGGGGGUGCCGGAGCAUCAGGCCCAGCAAAAUCACACUGUAAGGGAGACAAGGAGGCAGGGAGGAGACCUUCACUACAACCCAGUAUUACAGACCACAGCAGAUGAAUGUGUCAGUAUUCAACGUUGAAAAUACGCGAGGCUGAAAUGCAAAGUGACCUACAGCCAGAGAUGUGUGUCUCCUCCCUUGCAGCUGGAUAUGGACUGACAGACACGGAUUUACGGGACAGUACAGACUGGAAUUUUGUUUUUGGUUUUUUUUUUUGUUGUUUUGCACAUUUGUCUAGGAAGGCAAGAGCCCCAGUUAGAGGGGAAAAACGGGACUGCAACAUUUGUCUUAAGAACACCACACAAGCCAACUCUUUUUGUGAGAAAACAUUUUCCUUUGUGCCAGUAUUACACAGAAGAAUAAAGUCUAAAUUUAUUUUUAUAAAACUGGAGAAGAAAAGUCUCAAUAACAUUUUGCCUGACCCAAGGAGGGUCCCAGCCAGCCUCCGGUGGACUGACGGGAGCACUGGUUUGCAGGAGGUGUGGGUGAGCUGAGCGCCGCUGGCAGUUGCUGCCUCCCGAAAAGCAGGGUGGGUACAGCCCCAACACACUCAGUGCUGGAGGCAGCAGGAACUGCAGGCGCAUGCAUUGCUUUCACACAGCUGGCAAACUUAUUUUUUGCACUUGUUCCACAGCAGAAAAUUACCUAUUUUUGGACUUUUUUUUUCCAAAGAACUUUAAAAGAAUGGACUGCACUUGCUUUUGGAUGAAUGUCAUGGGUUUUUUCAUGAACAAGGCAAACACACACUACUUUUCUGGACUUAGGUCAUGUCUUCAUGCCACUACGGGGUGGUUUUCCUUUUACUUUGCUGACCCAGUGAAUAGAAAUUGAUGCCUUUUGCAUGUACUCUGAAAUGACUGCUGACUCUGAAAUGACCUCUUUGUAAUGUGCAAUCACUCUUCAAGAGCAAAACUUUUAACUCACGUUUUCACUCAUAAGGGGCAACUACAUGACCUUUUAUUUUUAAAAGUGGGUAUUGAGAGGAGAGAGCCGGGUUUUAUGCAUUACCCCAAACCACCAGAGAUUUUAUAGACUUGUAGCAUUACUAUGCAUAAUCUACGAGCACCUCCCUUGUUCUUUAUAUGCAUCUAUUAAAUGAAUUUCUUGACAUGGUACAUCAGCUGGACUAAAGAAUUCAGCUGGAAUGAAUGAAGAAUUUAAUCAUUUGUUCUCUGUGAAACUUCAAAUACCACACUUCUUGAGUCUCUUCCCAGAACACAGGCUUCCUUGAAAGGACAGAUAGAGGUUUUAUUUCAAAAAGCCAUAAAUGAGACAUCGGAUUGUAAGCAGCCCUUACUAAAAAGGCUGUCUUUGAGAUUAGUAUUAGUUGAUUAGUAUUAGUUAAGCUCAAACAUUGAAUUUUCUGCAUGCCUGGGCCUUUCUUCCCACCAGUUCUGCAGCACUAAUUUUCAAAACUGGGCUCAGAUGACAUUAACGAUGGGUGAUAAACUGAUGGUGCAACCAGCACUGGGUUGCGCCAUGUUUCACACUACAGGAAGACCCAUCACCUCUGUUUACAAGUAGCACAUGCAGGUCCUAGCCCGGUUACUUUAAGAACUCCAGUUUUAGGUUUGUUGAGAGGGUGAAGAUAGUGAGUUUACAACUGAGCCUUAACCUUUGCCCAGAGUUAGGGCAAGAUUGCAAUAGUUCAGUCUUCUUUGCAUUUCAGUGUCAUUCAUCAUCAAACAUGCAUUGACGGCUCUACAGCAUCCAUUGGCAAAGUACAGCAUUGCUCACUCAGAAGUUGUAUGUCUGCGUUAAGCUGAAAGGUGAAUGUUCUUGAUUUUAAAAUUACACCCUCCAAAAGGUUAUAUAUGAAAAAGAUUUUUUUAAUUGCUUAUCUGUUAUCUUUAUACAGUAAGUAAAUAAACUGUUUUCCACUAAUAUUUGCCUGGAGUUAAUCUAUUUUCUUGUCUUGGACUUUAUUACUGCGUGGCAGCUGGGGGUUUGGUUUUUUUUUUUAACACCUCACACCACUUCCCUCACUGUCACUCUUCAACUUCAUGACCUUUACUAACUGUCCUCAGCUCCCUCCAGCCCCCACAGCUCAGCCAGCCACAGACCUUGAACCACCACGGUUUAGGGGUGUUCCCGUUGGCUGUAACCCUUCAGCUGCGACAGCCCUUCAGUGUUGUUUGAUUCUUCCCAUCACACCCAGCACCGGUGUUGUACUGUUUGUAACACUGUCAGCAUUACUGCCAUGCUUUUUUGUUUUAAUUCCUUAAAGUUUUCAUGAGGAGGGCCUCUGUGUGGCUGGAAGGGCUGGCCAAGUAAACCAGCCUCUCACCACCAUUGCCCCGAGUGGCAGCAGCUAAUCACGAGCCAUACGUAGUCCAGCUGCAGGAGUGCAAGGAGUUAAAUGUAAACCUCAGCAAAGCAAAAGUUAAUACAAAAAAAAAAUUAGUAUUGGUUUGAGUGUUUCCAUCUUUUCCCCAUUGUCUUCAUCAUGUCAUGCUUCCC